AUGGAGCUGGACUGGAAGAGAAUAUGCUUCAGGAGCCGGAAAGAGGCUGUUGAAGGCACGGUUGGAGAAGUCGUUAUUUUUAGCAGCACGUCCGAUAUGCCAUCUGGCCUGCAAGAUAUUGGCGCAUCCUUGCCCCACAACAAGAGCAACACCUGGACUAUUUACAAGGAGAGGACGUACGUCUUCUGCAAGAUAGACGAAGGCAAGAUAAAGAGCCCAGUGCAGGUAAGAAGCGCAGCUGCCAAGGCAACAAACAUCUUGAUCAAGGAGGGUGUUUCCAACAUAGUUCUGGAGGGCGAGAGCGAAAUGACCCCUUGGAUUGCAGAGGGCAUUAUGGUGGCCUCGUACAAGUACGACAUUUUCCACAGUGAAAAGAAGACGCAGGUGGCGCUGGUGUAUGCAGGGCAGAGCCAGGAGGUCAUAAGCGCCAUUGAAAUUGCACAGGCCCAAAACUUUGCCAGGUUCUUAGUUGACACGCCCGCAAACAAAAUGACGCCAACUCUUUUUGUCGGGUAUGCCAAGGAGUACUUGCCUGAGGGCGUGCAGGUGAAGGUAUACGACAGAAAGGAGCUGCAGUCUAUGAACAUGAACCUGCUCCUGGGCGUAUCUAAUGGGUCUGCCGAGGAGCCUAAACUCCUGGAAAUAUCCUACAACCUUGGGAGCGAGUGCAUUGCCUUGGUUGGAAAGGGAGUAACCUUUGACUCUGGCGGCAUCAGCUUGAAGCCUUCUGCUAAGAUGGCAGCUAUGAAGGGAGACAUGGGAGGAGGGGCUUCCGUUGUCAGCACAAUUGGCGCACUUGCCCGGCUGAACGCCAAGGUAAGCGUGGUUGGAAUCGUUCCCUUGACGGAAAACCUGCCGUCGGGAACAGCCACAAAGCCUGGGGACGUGCACGUGGGCAGCGCUGGAAAAAGUGUGGAGGUUGACAACACGGACGCGGAGGGCAGGCUUAUUCUUGCAGAUGCCCUGGACCAUGCGCUGAAGUUCAACCCUACAAAGAUAGUGGAUAUUGCCACGCUCACAGGAGCUAUUACAGUUUCCUUGGGUCCUGUCAUGGCAGGAGUGUUCAGUAACUGCGACGAGCUGGCAGAAGAACUUGUAAAGAAGUCCAACGAAGUGGAAGACAAAGUGUGGAGGCUGCCGGUGACAGAUGAGUACAAGUCUCUGAUUUCUUCGGAAGUUGCCGACCUGAAGAACGUGGGCGGCCCUGCAGGCGGGUCUAUCACUGCAGCUCUUUUCCUUCGAGAGUUUGUGCAGAACAAGCCGUGGGCGCACUUGGACAUUGCAGGCGUGGCUUUUAACACGCUGACGCCCGAGCUCCACGGAAAGGGCGCAACCGGCCGGCCUGUGAAGCUGCUUACAAAGUGGCUACUGGAAAAACAGUAA